AUGGAGUCCACUCGCGAUAGAUGUGCUACCACUGUCGAUGGAGUGUCUGGUAUCAUUGCUGAGGCAUGGGGACAAGGCUACAUGGUCGGAGGCCUGGUUGUCCUCAUGCUGCUGACUCUCGCAAGCUUCCGUCGCCAUGCGCUUCUUCAUAAGCUCAUCCUCACUGAGAUCAUCCUUGCUAUAUUCCGUGGAACCUACAUCUUCUUCGAUGGAAGCGGCGCCGGCUGGUACUCGAGUUGCACUUCUGUACUGCUCUACAUCUCGUACAAUCUCCACAACAUCAUCAACUGGAUCAAGAUCAAACCCUUUCUGGGAAGAGCUGGGCAAUGGAUCUAUCUCGGUACGAUCAUAUUAGUAUGGCCAUAUUGGAUCGCCGAAUGCUACUUCCUCUUCCAAUACAACAACAACCUCGGGAGCGAUUACUUCGUUCACUUGCGUCCAUGGGAAUUUCUUUGCCGGGAGCCGUGGUGGCUAUUCACGACCGGUUACUUGAUAUACAUCAUCAAGCGCGCCUACGAUUGCAGUAUCAUCCACCUCAUUCGCACAAGUGGGAAGUUCCUGGUACUUAUGUUGUCGAUGGCCUUGUCGAUUGCCUUCGUCAUCGCCGAUGUUGUUGUCGUUCUGGUCAUCGAUACGCCCUGUCGUGGAAAGAAUCCGAUGUGGAAAAUUGCUUUCAUUUUCAAGUGUACGGCCGACGUCAUCUUCCUGGACGACUUCAAGUCAGUGCUCGACAGGAUCUCUGUACGAGGAUCAUCGUCUUCCGAUGCAGAUCGCCUGAAUGCGAAAGAGGACCGAGAUAACGCGCGCCAUUUCGAUUCCACUCCUUCCAGAGGACCUGGUUCGCAGCGAUCAGGCACGAGGCCGGGGGACCGCUUCGAUAACAUCGAGACAGUCUGA